GAUACCAACCUCAUUUGGGAUUUGGCACAUCGUGGCAUUGUACACUUGUUGACAAGAAGAUCUAAAUUAGCAGGAGACCUAGGAACCAUCGCCCUCCCCAAAGGUUAAAAACAAUUUUUGCCAGCAAAGCUAUGGGCGUUUGUUGAAAGAAAGCCCAUCAAAAUAUCUUUUUGCCCUUCUCUAUUUGCUCUAUUCUAUCUUCUUCUGUUCCUUUCUCUCAUUUCAAGCUGCUUUUAACCUUCUCGAUCAAAAUCAACAACGUUAAAAUUCUGAAAGCCCAGAGCGUUCCCUAGAAAUUGGAGAAAUGGCUCUUAAACUUGGCAUUAAUCCCCACAAGAUGUCCUCUUUUCCAGGUUAUCAGCUCAGAUCUCACAAAGUUUCCAUGGCUUCAACUAUUCAUUCUCCAUCAACGGAAUUGGGGAAUUCGAAAAAGCCAUUUACCCCUCCCCGUGAGGUGAACACCCAGAUCACCCACCCCUUAGCCCCCGAGAAGCGGGAGAUCUUCACCUCCCUCCACAAGUGGGCCGAGGACAACAUCCUCGUCCUUCUCAAGCCCGUCGAGAAAUGCUGGCAGCCCAAUGACUUCCUCCCAGAUUCUUCCUCCGAUGGCUUCGAGGAACAGGUCCGGGAGCUUCGGGACAGAGCCCGUAGCCUCCCGGACGAUUAUUUCGUCGUGUUGGUGGGAGACAUGAUAACUGAGGAGGCCCUACCGACCUACCAGACGAUGCUCAACACGCUCGAUGGGGUUCGGGACGAGACUGGGGCGAGCCUAACCCCUUGGGCCGUGUGGACCCGAGCAUGGACGGCCGAGGAGAAUAGGCACGGCGAUUUGCUCAACAAGUACCUUUAUCUCACUGGCCGUGUCGACUUGAAGGAGAUCGAGAAGACAAUUCAGUAUCUCAUUGGGUCUGGGAUGGACCCACGCACGGACAACAACCCGUACCUGGGCUUCAUUUACACGUCCUUCCAAGAGCGAGCCACAUUCAUCUCCCAUGGGAACACAGCCAGGCUGGCUAAGGAGCAUGGGGACCUCAAGCUGGCCCAGAUCUGCGGGAUAAUAGCGGCUGACGAGAAGAGGCACGAGACGGCCUACACGAAGAUUGUUGAGAAGCUGUUUGAGAUCGACCCGGAUGGCACAGUUUUGGCACUAGCCGACAUGAUGAAGAAGAAGAUUUCGAUGCCGGCCCACCUUAUGUAUGAUGGUAAGGAUGACACAUUGUUCGACCAUUUCUCGUCAGUGGCACAGAGGCUUGGGGUUUACACGGCUAAGGACUAUGCUGACAUACUUGAGUUUUUGGUGGGACGAUGGGAGGUGGACAAGCUGACGGGCCUGUCUGGGGAGGGACGCAAGGCCCAAGAGUACGUGUGUGGGCUGACUCCGAGGAUCAGGAGGCUGGAAGAGAGGGCCAGGGCCCGGGCCAAGGAGGGGGAGCCCGUGCCUUUCAGCUGGGUGUUUGGGAGGGAGGUCAGGAUUUGAUAUCCAUGAUAUUGAUUGUGGGUGUUUGUUUUUUACAUGUGUUUUUUGACUUAUGAGAUCCAUAAGUCUGUUUGGGAAUGUAGAUGCUUUGGGUGUUUUUGCUGUGUGUUGGAUUUAUGAAGACCAAAAUGUGGAUGAUCAUUUUGUUUUAUAGUUUGGUUGGCUGCAGAAAAUAUGUGCUUUUUUUUUUAUAUACUAGCCAUAUGCUCAAACGAAAAUAAAUUUUAUAAGUUGUUUG